AAUGUUUGAGAAGGAAAUAGUGAUUGAUGGAAAAGGCCAUUUACUUGGUAGAUUGGCUUCAUAUAUUGCCAAAGAAUUGUAAAGAGGAUAAAGAAUAGUUGUUGUUAGAGCUGAAUUGAUUUAACAAUCUGGUAAGCGAUUUUAAUAAUUAAAGGAUCUCUCUUUAGAAAUAGAGUCAUCUUCGAAGAAUAUUUGAAUAAGAGAAUGGCUUUCAAUCCAAGAAGAGGAUACAAGCACUAUAGAACACCAUCAAGAUGCUUUUGGAAGGUUGUUAGAGGAAUGCUUUAAUACAAAUCAAAGAGAGGCGCAGCUGCUCUUGAAAGAUUAAAGAUCUUUGAAGGUGUCCCCCCUCCUUAUGACACUAGAAAGAGAUAAGUUGUUCCAGAUGCCCUUAAAUUGAUCAGACUCAAAAACCAUAGACCCUUUUGCACUUUAGGUGAUUUAUGCGCUUCAGUCGGAUGGAAUUCAUAAGCAGUUGUCAACAGACUUGAAGAGAAGAGAAAAUAAAGGUAUUAUUAACAAAUUAAUUUAUUAGAGGAACAGCAUAUUAUAAGAGAAAAAUUGCAAGAGAAAAUCUUAGAAGAAAGGCUAUUGGAGCUAAAGAACUUACUAGCAUCAAUGCAGAAUUAGAGAAGUUGGGCUAUUGAA